UUUCAUACCAAUUUGUAUAAUCUUUUUCUGUUUCGUAUUUUGACUUUGACAAAUUGUAAUAUAUUUAAAAAAGAUUGAUUAUUGUUUUAUUACCAAACAAAAUAUAGUGCUAAUAAAUAAAAAUGGCAGAUGUUCAACCAGAGUUUCAAGAACAAUAUUGUGCGGUUUGCUUACAAAAGUAUGAUCACCCAACUAAACUUCCCUGUGGUCAUAUUUUUUGCUUUCUUUGUACUAAGGGUAUAGCUCUGCAAAACAAAACUUGUGCAAUGUGCCGUAAUGUCAUACCAAAUGAUUAUUUAAAUAAUCCUGUCUUGCUAUCACAUGACAAAAAUUCAGAAGAAAAUCGCAAUCAGGACUAUCAGUGGUACUAUGAAGGGGGAAAUGGUUGGUGGAAAUAUGAUAGACGUAGCAAUAGUUAUUUAGAAGAAUUGUAUAACAAAGGAGAAAAAGAAGGGUCUCUACUAUUGGCCGGCAACUUGUAUCGAAUAGAUUUUGAGAAAAAUAUUCAAAUACGUGUUAGUGACCAAACAAAAACACGCAAAAUACGUCGAGAUACACCAUUUUUGCCUGCUAAAGGCAUUGCCGGGAUUAUUGUCAGUAGCAGUAUAGACAAUGUGGCAUCUACUGAUAUUCAAGUUAUAGAAGAUGAUGAAAGGGAUGAAGAGGUUGAUACAAGCGUUGAAAUUAUUAAUGAUAACUCUUCAGAUGAAGAUUCCUUUUCCGAAAUGGUUCGUAAUUUAAGGCCCUACUCAUAAAAAAAAUGAAAACAAGACAACAUGGCUGUUGUAUGUAUGGAACCGACAGUAAAUAAAAAAACUUGAAAAAUUCCAAGAACUUUAAAAAUUCUUUAGAUGUUGAGCAACACCUUGGUAUGUAUAUGCCACAAAGGAAAAAAAAAGGAAUUAAAGAAGACUGGAUCUUACUGAAUUGGAAAAUAUUAAACUAUGCACAGCUGGCUGUUGUCAAGUACCAAGGAAAUUUAAUUCUCAACCUGGUUAUUAUUAAUAUCUAUUAAAAUUUAAAUUUUACCAUUUAUCUAUAAAAGUUGAUUACGAAAUAUAUAAUAUACUUAGGUAUGGCAGCUGUCCAAUCAGGGGAUUCAAACCUGGAAUCUUGCAAAAACAAUUCUUAGCAAAUGUUUAUGAUGCAGUUGGCCUAGUAAAAAUAUUUGUGACAAUCGCCAUUGUUAGGUCAUCGUCAAUUAUGUCAAAAUUAGUAGUGACAUUUUUGUUGUACUUUAAGCACGAUACAAUAUAAAUUUUAAUACAAAUUUCGUUGAUGACAAUACAAUGACUAUUGUUACAGUUAUUAAUACUAGGCCCACAAUUCAUCAAGACAAGGCUUUAUUAAAACUUAUGUUAAUCAUGAUAAUUUUGAGGAAUUUGUUAAUCAUAUAGAAGUUUAAAAAUGGUAGAUUUUUGUAUUUUCUAUUAUAA